AUGCCCGGGAUUUCAGCAGUCAUCCGAAUUCCGACACAGGAAAAAAAGAUUCUAGAUGAAAUGAUUAAAAAAAUGGAACUUUUGGGGGGUGUUGAGAUUUGUAAGGUUAAAAUUGAGAGCUCCGUAUACCGGUCCAUGCUUGCGUAUUCAGUAAAGUGCUGUUCGUUCCAGGUAUUUACAACGACCGAUUUUCCAGCCACCUGUUUCGUUAUCAAUGACACGGAGCCCGAAAAGAUACUUACGUGUGACUUGGCAUUUCGGGAGUUUCCAGGCCUUUUCAAGGGUGUCUACGAGUUCGAAAAGAAGCUGCAAGUAGACGGAAGUGGUGUCAAAUAUCGGCUUGGUGAUUUCCAUGUCAAUUUCAUCGCUCUUUCUUUGGGUCAGAGUCCGACAAUCAAAGGCCUUCUCCUAGAAAUUUCUUUCCAUCCUACCUGCCCACCAUCCAUGUGCGGUGAAUUGCUGCGAUCUUUUGGGCGUCAACAUUUCCCGGAACUUUUUAGUGGUCAAAGUUUGCCAGUGUUUACUUCAACCCUAGAAAAGGCCUUCUCAGAUAAUUCCUCACAGGAUGCACUGCCGAAACCCUCGUUUGAGCAACUCCUCGCUGGAGAGGCAAUGGAGUCCUUAUCUCGGGCAAUUGCUCGAGCUACUGUUGCCCAGUACAUGGAACAUCUUAGAGAGCUCAGAUCUCACUCUUAA